AUGGAGCUUGAGCAACUCACUGCUGUCGGUGAACUUGCUUGCCCAAGGUCGUGCUCGUGUCACGAUUACCCCCUUGCUUGCAGGCGUUGGGUUGGUGGCGUUGCCGAAGCCAUUUGGCGGUAUCCGGUCAAUCGCCGUGGGAGUGAUUAUCAAGGCAAGAAGGAGCCGAAGUUGCUGCGCAAGUACUUCGCACUUGGGUUGGGCGACACGAUCCGCAAGUGGCUCUGCGGCUUUUGCGGGCAUCUGUUGGCUUUGGACGUCUCAUGCACACCAUGCGAUGUUGCCCUCCGGCUGGACACGCAGCUGCUCUCGACACCUUCGACCACUUGGUGCAAGAAUGUUUCAGCUCCUUUACCGGGUUUACUGUGCUGCACUUGGAGCCUGCUCAGUGGCAGCAAGCCACGCGUGGUCUUGGCCAUGCUGGACUUGGCCUUCGCCUCACCAGAGAGCAUGUCCCGGCAGCUUACUUGGUGUCUGUUGGUGCCUGUGUUCUACAAUGUAGCGAACUGGAUGGUGGCUACUGGCUGGACCCAAUCUACCGAUGUUGCGGCUGCUUUGUCGGACUUCAACGCCAAUUUGCCUCCUGACAAGCAAUUCGCCGUGUCGGUUGCCUUGGCCCAGUCACAGAAGGAAUUCAGCCGCACUCUGGACGAGGCGGCCUUCGGCAAGGCCACCCUGUACUCUGAAGCUGGGCCUGGAGCCCGGCGGGUUCCUCUCUUGUGUGCCCUCUGGCCGCACGCGGAUGGAACCAUUGGUAUUCAUCGCUGA